CACGCAAAUGCCAGGAUGCAAUGCCUCUCAUCCUCGAACACGUGUACUCACGAGGGCAGACGCCUCUCACCCUUAAAGAAAGACCGUUGGAUCGAGACAGAUGCGGCGCAUCUGAGGGAACUGCAGUAUAAUUUUGCAAUCCAACUUAUACGAGAUCCGCUAAGCGUUAAACUGCUUCUGCUGAUCGUGGCGCUUCUUAUCGUGUCCCAUCUCCACCGCUUUCUUGGACUCCCACUCCAACCACUCCGACCUUAUAAAAAGGACCGAUCUCUCUUGCUCCCAUUUCCACCGAGAAAGCUAGGGUUUUGCUCAUCCCUUCCCCCUCCCCCCUUCUCUCUCUUUCUGUGGCGUUCGCUUUCGAUCUCUCUGUGCAGAGCUCGGGAUGGAGAGGAUCAGAAGAGCGGCUCAUGCGGGAUCCUGGUACACCAGCAACGUUCACGGGUGUUUCUACUUGGUCCAUCUCACCAUUAUUACACUCCAAGAUGUGCUCUUACUAGAGCCACUGUUUACAGUACGCCUGUAGGAGACUUGCCCAUUGAUUUGGAAGUGAAUGAUGAGCUGCGAGCAACAGGAAAAUUUGAACUUAUGGAUCUUCAUGUGGAUGAAGCGGAGCAUAGCAUGGAGAUGCAUUUGCCUUACAUUGCCAAAGUGUUCCAUGGUUAUCCUGUAAAAAUUGUACCUAUUUUGGUUGGUGCUCUUAACUCAGAAAAUGAAGCCAUGUACGGGAGAUUGCUUGCUAAGUAUGUGGAUGACCCCAAGAACUUCUUUUCUGUGUCAUCAGACUUCUGCCAUUGGGGAUCUAGGUUCAACUACACAUAUUAUGACAAGAAGCAAGGUCCUAUCUACAAGUCCAUUGAGGCCCUGGAUCGUAUGGGUAUGGAAAUCAUUGAGACUGGGGAUCCAGAUGCAUUCAAACAAUAUCUGCAGGAAUAUGAUAACACCAUCUGUGGACGCCAUCCCAUCAGUGUUUUCCUCCAUAUGCUGAGGAACUGCUCGACAAAGAUUAGUAUCGGUUUCGUCCGAUACGAACAAUCAAGCCAGUGCAAAACCAUGCGAGAGAGCAGUGUUAGCUACGCAUCAGCAGCUGCAAAGGUAGAUAGCUGAUGCGGUUGAACCUUUGCAUCUUGAUUCAGUAGACUGUCAGUUGUGUUUAGAAGCAGCUCCACAAUUGCCUGGAAGUUCAUAAAAGCCGCAGUUCUUUACUGUCCGGUUCUCAUGUUGCAAGGCAGAACACAGAGCCCUAAUUCAAAUUAACAAAAAGCUCCCAGAUCAUGUGUAGUUUAUGGAGCAAAUUCUGUUUGCUAUGAUGUGAGUUAUGUUGUCAAGAUCAUGGUACUCAUUGUCUGCACAACCUGGCUCUCUACUUGGAGCCACCUAUUGAACAUUAUAUUCGAUUUACCUCUCCAUGCCAGUCCCUGCUUCUUUUA